CGCCGGUGCUCAGUUAGCGAGUUAGGUACCUAGGUCAGGUACCUGACCGACGGAUUACAACUACACCCUGAGGCUUGGCACGGCCGAGCUCCCACGCGGGCCAUUUCGCUCCUAGUCAUCGUCGCGUUUCGUCAUCUCUGCCCGACCGCAUCGCAUCGGCCAUCUGUUGCAGCUUGCAGUUUUGACACGCUGUUUUUUUUUGGGCGCAAACGAACAAACACGCUACCUAAGACCAGGGUGGAUUUUGUGCUGCGUGUGUCCUCUCACAAUAACUAUUGCGGCCGUGUCAUGCGCAUGUCAUUGCCAGGUUUUCAUGUAGGUCGCUUGGCCUGGCUUUCGGUCGGCUGUUUAUAAUGGCCGCGCUUUCCGUACCCCGUGAUUCCCACGCUGACUGGCAACGCCCCUUGCAGCCGACGCGAGCACAACAACUUUGAGAGUCUCGCAUCUCGAAGCCCUAAUACACCGUUACAACAUACUGCGAUUCCUUUUGCUGCCUUGCAAAACACCACACCAUCGAACCUCCAAAACACUAGACAAGCGGAAUCUGGGAACCCUGAUCGGACGCUUUUGAAAAGCCAUGGCAUCGUUCAUCGAAGGCCUGUGGCAGUCCAUUUUCACCCCCGGCCCGACGCCGACGCUCCUCGUCGCGACCAACGCCACCUUCGCCGCGCUGCAGGUCCUGCUCGCUGUCCUGCUCCUCGCAACCUACAGCAUCCACUUCCUGGUGCUCUCGGUGCUGUGUGGCGGCCUCUGGGCCGCUAUCAACUGGUUCGCGCGCGAGCUCAAGGCGCACCAGGAACAGGAAGAAGAAAAGAAGCGGCGUGCACUCGCGGCUCGCCCGCCGCCUCCCCGAGCAGCGUCGUCGUCACCACUGGAUGAUAGCGAGACCGAGGUGGAGGCGACCAAGUCGACGCCGAGCCUUCGCAGGGCCCCCAGCCCGCCCGUGGUACCGGCAGCAAAGCCCGCGGCGGUCAGUACCGUGGUAGAGCCGGCCGAGCCGCAGGGGGAGCUGAAGCAGCGAGUUGCGGAGGAGCUGCUGCCGAGUCCGAGCCAUGGGCAUAAGAGCGGCGUCAGCACCGAGGACGAGUGGGAGAAGGUUUCGGAGAACGAAAAGGAUAAGUAACGUUGGGCAAAGGCGCGGCUGCGUCAACUCUUAACGCUGUUUGUCUCGUGGAGACGACGAGCCUUUUGGGAUGGAGCACGGCGUGGUUAGCACUCGGCGGCCGGGCAUGGUGCAGGUCGGAACCCGCCCUCCAUGCUUCAGACCAUCACUUGCGCAUCAAUGUUUUGUUUUUCUGAAGCUUGUCUAGACAACCAUCCCCGCCCCAGUACUUCAAUAUAUGUUACUAGUUAACUGGGGUGGGCUCAGCCGAGGUGUUCAACCCACCUCCUAAAAACGCACGAUUUGCAUAUCAUGAGCCAAGCUGCUGUGUGACAUCAUUGCUGGGCUUUCCUAACUCGCAAAUCACCGCUAUGUUGGCUCGGGAUCAGAUGGCGGGGUUAAUGUUCUCGAGGCGACCCACCACCAC